AUGUCGGACGGUGAGGCCGGUAGACUUGCGCCAACGGUGCCGCGCAAUGCUUCAGUUACCUCGGCGCUGAGAGGACUCUCGAUAGCUUCUAUUCCAAGAACCUGUGGAUACGACGAGGGUACCUGGCCUGGACCUGACAUGGCAUUGGCGGCCAGUAUUGAAGCGUCUUCCUUGCUUGGCGCCGGCCUCGGUAACAGGUACUUCCGUCUUUACUCCGGUUACUGCUCCUGCUCUAUCUUUUUCCGCCUGUAACUGGCAAGCACGCUACCGCAGCCGCGCUCUCACUGCCCUGAUCUCAGUGUUCCCAGGCGAGAGCAAGUAGGUAGGAGGUACCUCGGGGUUUUCAGUAUCUUCCUG